AACCAGACGUAGCCGGCUCUUCCCUGGGAGAGAGAGGGAGGGAGAGAGAGAUAAGAGAAACAGAGGGAACACGGAAACGGCAGGAGCGCUUAACAACGAGAACGACGUGUGUUGCUAGCCGACAGAGAUACGGUUCGCUCAGACCCGCUUCCAAAACCCAGAUUUUUGUGCGCAUGGUUUUCUUUUAUUGUAUUUUGUCGCGGUCCUUGGACACGAGGUCUCCGUUGUGGACAAAGGGAUUUCUUUCCCCUGUUAGGAGAACCCAUUGAGGAUUGAGAAUGUCGGGGAGCAGGGAGGAGGAGCGGCGGAAGCUGGCCGACAUCAUUAACCACUGGAACGCCAACCGGCUCGACCUGUUCGAGAUCAGCCAACCUACGGAGGACCUGGAGUUCCACGGCGUGAUGCGCUUCUACUUCCAGGACCGCGUGGCUGGCAACUUUGCCACAAAAUGCAUCCGUGUCUCCAGCACGGCCACCACGCAGGACGUCAUCGAGACACUGGCUGAGAAGUUCCGACCUGACAUGAGGAUGCUGUCCUCGCCCAAGUACUCUCUGUAUGAGGUCCAUGUCAGCGGCGAGGAACGAAAACUGGACCUGGAUGAGAAGCCCCUGGUGGUGCAGCUCAACUGGAACAAGGAUGACCGGGAAGGCCGCUUUGUUUUAAAGAACGAGAAUGACAUUGUCCCCAAGAGGACGCAGACUAACGGGCCAGAGAAGCAGGAGAAGGAGGGGGUCAUCCAGAACUUCAAACGGACACUGUCCAAGAAGGAGAAGAAGAAGGAGAAGAAGCGGGAGAAAGAGGCCUUUUCUCGUAUUCCCGAUGGGGACGAGAACAUUCCGAACAGGGAAGAUGGGGAGAACUCCAGGCUGGCGGCUGAGGUCUACAAGGACAUGCCAGAGACCAGCUUCACACGUACGAUAUCCAAUCCUGAAGUGGUGAUGAAGAGGCGGCGACAGCAGAAGCUGGAGAAGAGGAUGCAGGAGUUCCGGAGCAGCGACGGGCGGCCAGAUUCGGGAGGGACCCUUCGGAUCUAUGCAGACAGCCUGAAGCCAAACAUCCCCUACAAGACCAUCUUGCUGUCCACCACAGACAUGGCGGACUUUGCAGUGGCCGAGGCCUUGGAGAAGUAUGGGCUGGAGAAAGAGAAUCCUCGAGAUUACUGCAUUGCUCGGGUGGUGCUGCCUCCUGGAUCUCAGCAGUCCGAUGACAAGGCAGGAAAAGAGACCAUCCUGGAUGAUACCGAGUGCCCCCUGCAGAUCUUCAGAGACUGGCCAAGUGACAAAGGUACCUUGGUAUUCCAGCUGAAGAAAAGACCUCCGGACUACAUCCCGAAGAAAGGUCGGAAACCCGAAGACAAGAAUCUGCGGGGGAAGUCCAUGGAAAGCUCCCUGGCCCCCGAGAAGAUGCCCUACCUAGUGGAACUCAGCCCAGGGCGGGGCAGCCACUAUGGCCACUACGCCUUUCGGCACCACGAAGACGGUUCGGACUCCAGGGACAAACCAAAGCUAUACCGGCUUCAGCAAAGCAUCACUGAAGUGGGUUCUGAGAAGAUGGAUGAUGGUUCCAUUCAGCUCUUUGGCCCUGGCAUCCUGCCUCAUCACUGCAACCUGAUGCUGAGCGAGGGGCUCGUCAUGGUGGCGCCAUGCAGCUUUGACGCAGAGACCUUUGUGGAUGGCCAGCGCAUCUCCGAGACGACGGUACUGCGCAGUGGCUCCACGCUGCAGUUCGGUGCCUCACACUUCUUCAAGUUUGUGGACCCCAGCUAUGACCAUAGCAUGGGCAAGCGUGCUGUGGAUCCUGCCUCCAUGGUCAAGGGCAGGCACCUAUCAGGGAGCAUUCCGGAUACAACGUUUGACCCCCGUGGGGACCUCCACGCCGGCAUGGCCCUCCCCAUGAGCAAGAGCUCGGGGAAGCUGGAGAUGGAGCGCUCUGGCCUGACCAGCGAGCGGGGGAUGGUUAAACCCAUGGUGCGGGGGGAGCAACCUGAUGCCAGGGCCCCGGACAGCCCCAGCCCUGAGCUGACACUGCCGGCGGGCAUCGAGUUCAGGGAGAGCUCUGAAGAUGCCUUCCUGUCAGCCAUAAUCAACUACACUAACAGCUCCACGGUGCACUUCAAGCUGUCACCCACCUAUGUGCUGUACAUGACCUGCCGCUACGUCAUGUCCAGCCACUACCGGCCCGACAUGAGCCCAGCGGAGCGCACGCACAAGGUCAUCGCCGUGGUCAACAAGAUGGUGAGCAUGACGGAAGGCGUCAUCCAGGAGAUAGCAGAAGAUGAUGAGAAGCAGAAGAACAUCGCCGGGGCCCUGGCCUUCUGGAUGGCCAAUGCGUCUGAGCUGCUCAACUUCAUCAAACAGGACCGGGACCUGAGCCGUAUCACCCUGGACGCCCAGGAUGUGCUGGCGCACCUGGUGCAGAUGGCCUUCAAGUAUCUAGUUCACUGUCUGCAGUCUGAUCUCAACAACUACAUGCCCGCCUUCCUGGACGACCCCGAGGAACAGAACCCACAACGACCGAAAAUAGAGGACGUCCUGCACACCCUGACGGGUGCCAUGUCCCUGCUGCGCCGUUGCCGUGUCAACGCAGCUCUCACCAUCCAGCUGUUCUCCCAGCUCUUCCACUUCAUCAACAUGUGGCUUUUCAACAAGCUGGUGACGGAGGCAGACUCAGGCCUGUGCUCGCACUACUGGGGCGCCAUCCUGCGGCAGCAGCUCAGCCACAUCGAGGCCUGGGCCGAGAAGCAGGGCCUGGAGCUCGCCGCUGACUGCCAUCUCAGUCGCAUCGUCCAGGCAACGACCCUGCUCACCAUGGACAAGUACUCCUUGCAGGACGUGCAGAACAUUCACAACACUUGCUUCAAGCUCAACUCCCUGCAGCUCAACGCUUUACUGAGCAACUACCACUGUGCCCCCGAUGAGCCCUACAUCCCUCCCGAGCUGAUCGACCACGUGGUGGCCGUGGCAGAGAAUACGGCGGACGAGUUGGCACGCAGCGAUGGCCGUGAGGUGCAGCUGGAGGAGGACCCCGACUUGCAGCUGCCCUUCCUGCUGCCUGAGGACGGCUACUCCUGCGACGUCGUCCGCAAUAUCCCCAACGGCCUCCAGGAGUUCCUGGAUCCGCUGUGUCAGAGGGGUUUCUGCAGGCUGGUCCCUCACCCCCGCUCUCCUGGCACCUGGACUGUUUACUUUGAGGGUGCAGACUGCGAAAACCACAUCGUGGAUGACCACAAUCUGCCAAUGCGGAAGGAGCCAGAGGUGGUGACAGUCACCCUUAAGAAGCACAAUGGCAUGGGGCUCAGCAUCGUGGCUGCCAAGGGUGCUGGACAGGACAAGCUUGGGAUUUACAUCAAGUCUGUUGUCAAAGGAGGAGCAGCGGAUGUGGAUGGUCGGCUGGCAGCAGGAGACCAGUUGCUCAGCGUGGACGGACGCAGCCUGGUAGGACUCUCACAAGAAAGGGCGGCAGAGCUGAUGACACGGACUGGCUCGGUUGUGACGCUGGAGGUGGCCAAGCAAGGCGCCAUAUACCAUGGCCUGGCAACGCUGCUGAACCAGCCCUCUCCCUUGAUGCCGAGGGCUUCAGACCGCAGCCGUGACAAAGGAAAGAACAGACCAAAGAGUGAGGGCUUCGAGCUUUACAGCAACUCCGUGCAGAACGGCUCCCCCGAAAGCCCGCAGGGGGCGUGGGACUCCUACCCCGAGCCAAAGAAGAUGGGUGGUGAGGAGCGCCUGCUGAAGAACCGGAUGGACCACCGUUCCAGCCCCAACGUGGCGAAUCAGGCUCAGAGUCCGGCUGGGAAGCCUACGUACCCAGGGGGACCCGGGACCAAGAUCACCUCCGUCUCCACAGGCAACCUGUGUGCCGACGAUGAGCCGUCCCCCCCCCAUCCAGAAGCCUACCCCAUCCCCACUCAGACCUACCCCAGAGAGUACUUCACCUUCCCGGCCUCCAAAUCUCAGGAUAGGAUGGGCCCAGCACCAGGGCAGUCAUGGCCAAACUCGGAGGACAGACCCCCCGGGAACAUGGAGGAACACCUUCCCAGCCAUGCCUUGCAGUGGUCGACACGCUCGCAGGAGGAGCUGCGUGACGAGCGGGGGGGCUACCCCCUUGACCGGCUGCGGCCUGAUGACCUCAUGCACAUGCAGCAGCAUCGCGACGCCGAUUACGGGAGGGAGCGCGGCAGCGGGGAACCCUGGAACCACCAGAUGUCCUCCUCUGUGGAGUCCAGCACCUCCAGCCAGGAGCACCUGAACUACUCCUCCUCCUCAAAGAACCAGGCCAACCAUAAGAGUGGUCCGGGCCGCUGGAAGACCCCGAUAGUGCCCCACUCUGGUCCCGUGGGGGUGUCACACCCGUCUCGCUCAGACCUCCCCCCGCCGCCCCCUCCACCCCCCGUGCACUACACGGCCGAAUUCGACUCCCAGUCAGACCUCCCUCUCCCUCCCCCACCGGUCAGCGGUCCGCAGCAGCAGGUGGCGCCCACCACAGCCACCGCAGACCGCAAGAAACGUGAGGAGCAGCAGCGCUGGUAUGAGAAGGAGAAGGCACGGCUGGAGGAGGAGCGGGAGAGGAGGCGGCGAGAGCAGGAGAGGAAGCUGGGCCAGAUUCGCACCGUGCCGGGGACCCUGCCCCACAACAGCCAGCACGGCCCCAUGCCCCCUACCCCACAGCACCAGCUGCCCCCCCCGCAGGUGCCCCUGUCCAUGCAGAUGCAGCCCGUACCACCUCAGCAGCUGAAUAGACCUGAGAAACCAGCCAGCCUGCCCCGGCCACCGCCGCCCCCGCAGGACACGGUGAUCCGCGAGCUGCUGCCCCAGCAGCAGCCGCGCACCAUCGAGCGUCGCGACCUCCAGUACAUCACCAUCAGCAAGGAGGAGCUCUCCUCCAGCGACAGCCUCUCGCCGGACCCCUGGAAGCGGGAUGCCCGCGAGAAGCUGGAGAAGCAGCAGCAGCUGCAUAUCGUGGAUCUGCUGGACAAGGAGAUCCAGGAGCUGCAGGCCAAGCCAGAGCGCACGGCCGAGGAGAGCGACCGGCUCCGCAAGCUCAUGCUGGAGUGGCAGUUCCAGAAGCGGCUACAAGAGUCAAAGCAAAGCGAGGAGGAUGAGGAAGAGGAGGAUGACGAGGAGGUGGACACCAUGAUGAUCAUGCAGCGCUUGGAGGCUGAGAAGAGAGCCAGGCUUCAGGACGAGGAGCGCCGUAGGAAGCAGCAGCUGGAGGAGAUCCGCAAACGCGAGGCUGAGGAGCGAGCCAAGCAGGAGGAGGAGAGGCGCUGGAGAGAAACCGAGGAGAAGAGGAGGCAGGAGGAGGAGUACUACACACGCCUGGAGGCGGAGCGGCGCCGGCAGCACGAGGAGGCCGAGCGCAAGCUGUUGACGCCGGACGAGCCCGGUCUGUACAGACCUCCCCUCCCCCGGGACUACCAGCCCCCCGCUCCCGCAACCCCUUCCACUAACGCCCCUCCGCCCCCGCCUCAGAGAAACACCUCGUACCUCAAAACCCAGGUCGUCUCCCCCGACACCUUGUACACUGCCAAGUUUGUCUCGUACAAUGAUGAGGAUGAGGAGGAGGAGGAGGAAGACUCAGGCGUAGCAGGUCAGGUUAAGCUCUCCGCCACCCGGAAGUCCUAUGGCGACCUCCCCCCCGCGCCCAAGCCGCAGCCUCCGCCGCCCGCACGCAAGCCCCGCCCGCUCUCCGAUGGGAUCUUUCUGUCCAGCUCAUUCCAGCUGCCCGCCGCCGCCAAUGCCAACAGUACUGUGUCCAAGGCAGGGCUGCCCCCUCCCCCUCCCGCCAAACCCGGCCUCGUCCCAUCAGGCAUCUCUAAAGGAUUUAAUUCGUACACUGGAAACGCAGCAGGGGUUGUAGGAUCAAAUGAAGUUUACAAGGACCCGCGAGAGAAGUGGUUGAAAGGGGGCCCGGAACACGACGGCUUUAUGAUUGGAGAAGCUCCAGAGAGCCUCACCUUCAAGGAACGCCAGCGCCUCUUCUCCCAGGGAAAGGAAGUUUCUAACAAGGUGAAAGCUUCACGGAAGCUCAUGGAGCUGGAGAACGAACUGAACACGAAACAGUAGGGAGUCCUGAGCCUUAGUGUGCUAGUAGGCCACGCCUUGAUGGAGCGUUGCAGGAAGAGUUCGUUUUGACCUUUUGUUUUUUUAAAUGAAUAACUGGACCAUCCCAUAUGAUUUAGAUAUAUCAUUGCAAUAGAAACUAUAAUAUUUUCUCCCUUCCCUCUGACCUAUCAAAGAUAUAUUAUAAUAAAGCACUGUAAAAAUGUUUUAAUUAUAUAAAAAUGACAUUUGAAAUCACAUGAAGGGGGAUAUAUUUUUGUUUGUAAAAUGGUUCUUGGGUUAUGUUUGAAUUCCUCUUUUCCCCUCAUUUUUAAUAGCUUACAGUAAAGUGGACUGUUAUUUUAUGCUCUUGCAGCAUUUGUACUUAAACACUUUUAAUUUUUGGUAUAAAAACAAUGCCUGGGCUUAAAGAUUUUUUGGUAAAAAUUUGCCGCUGGUGAUACAGCAGUUACAUUGUCCAAGCUGGCCCCACUUCCAGUACAUUUGAUAUUCCUCAGGAUACGAUUUCAGUUCUGAAUCAGGCAUUAUUCCAGAGGAUUCCAGCCCUACAUAUUUAACUUGCAAAGGAACAAGGUUAUGCGAUUUUCCUCUCGGAUAACACCUGUAUGCACGUACUCUGUAAAUAUCAUUUUCAGAUGCUCAGUUUUUCUCAAAUGCAGUCUCUCCCCCUCUUUAAAAAACAUUCAGGCAUUAGUUGUAUUAAUGGAUAAGCAAAGAUGGCCCUAUGAAUCUGUUUUUGAUGAGAAUGUAUUUCUGAGUCGAGCAGUCAGUUUUGUGGGGCAGCGUGAGUUAAAGCAGAAGUUACACUUUUUAAUGUUUAAUAAAUUUGCUGUACACCCACAUCGGCACUCCCCAUCUUUAGAUAUCUUUUUUUUUUUUUUGAAUGUUAAAAUACAUUCUGGGAAUUGUUUUGAGAUGAAGGUAUCCUUUGCUGGUGGAAGGUGAUGGCCAGCUUCAGGGAUUGGAAAUUAAAAUCUAAAUACGUUGUAAUCUGUACAAAAAAAAAAUAAAAUUGCACAGCAGGUAUUUAUUUGAACAUUAUUUGGUUUUGUUACACAACAUUUUGUUUUAAAACACAUCAAGAUGGGCUGUUUUUUAUAGACUGACGAGCACAUUACUCUAGUCUAACAGCAGUAUUUUUGUCCAGAAAUUAUGUUAACGUGUGACCUUAACCUAAAACUUAAGUAUUCAUUUAGAAAGUUUGAACUUCCAUAUCUACUGUUUUGUUUGUAAAUAUCUUCCAAAGGACCUAGGACCCGAUUUGGCUUUGUCAGUUUGAAUAAUGCAUACGGUAAAAGUGUCAAUAUAUUUUCCGGUUAAUGUUCACCGACAAUUGUAAAUGCAUUCACGUUUUCCAUUUUAGGUUACAGACAAAACAUUUUGAUUCAUUUUACUGUUUCAUGUUAGUCUUUUUGUAAAUCAUAAAUAAAUACAGAUUUUACAAAAAGGAA